AUGUCGAUUGAUGAGAAGCAGCGCCACCCCAAGAAGCGCCGGCACCGUAUUCUGUGGCCGAGUCCAAGUCUGAGCGUGAGCGUCGCCACCGGCACAAGAAGAACGAGUCCGAGUCGAAAAGCAAGACAGAAUGUUCGCGCUCUUUGGCGCCGGUCGAGAAGACGGAGGAACAUUACAGUACGAUGCAAGGCUGAGAGGGAGUGUCUGGCUGAGGCGAAGAGGCGCGAGCUGGAGAGGCUGAAGCGGCAGGUGGAGAGGGAGCAGGCAGAGCAUACGGGUGGAGUGCAGUUCAAGGGCGUGGGAGGAUGA